CCUGCCAAUUGUUUAGGCAAGUCUUCAGGACGCGAGAUUUUGCAUGCACAUCCGAAGUAGGUACUCGCAUCAACCAACCAAGGCGAACGCAAAGCGAGCUCUAUUUAACCGCAUUCUGGAGCUGGGGCCUCCACAGUUGACUCAGAUAUUAUAUAGCAAUGUUUGUACCUGCAGAAACAGUUGGCGGCGUACUUACUGCAUCGGGCUGUAGCUGCGAGCCCUUUAAUCUGGUCAAGGGCAAUCAACAUGGAGUUUAGCAAACGACGGGUGCUGGAAUUAUCCAUGAGCCGCCGUAUCCACGCCGCACAUCGGACUGGGGUGGGCAAAAUCUGGAAUCCAUGACAAACCAGAUAUCCGAGAGCUAUAUAUCGAUGAAGAUACUAUGGGCACUCGUUGGCUAACAGCAGGCGCAUCAAGCUUCGGCGACUCACCAAUACAUCUCCGCCCGCCUCAGUUCCACCGCGCCCAUGCUUUUCUUCAAGGCCAAGAGCGCGGUCUUGAUCCUAAGCGCUGCCACUGCCGCAACUGCUUCCGUGGACGACACAGCAUCCACAUGUAACACACAGCGGUUCCUCACCGUUUCGACGUCCAACGGCCCAGUUAUAGGCCACGCUGCUUCCAACUCAGACUGCGUUAUCGAGUACCUAGGCAUUCCCUUUGCACAACCACCUGUUGGAGACCUGCGAUUCGCGCCACCUGCUAAGAUCACGUCCAAGAGUUCUUAUGAGGCGACCAAUUAUGGAGCUGAUUGUCCUCUGACGCCUUCAAAGCCUGUGGCCUAUCCCGGAUUCACGCCUCAAGCGCAGCAGAUUGUCAAUUAUUUCGCCUCGGCCGCAGGCACACCCCAGAGCGAGGACUGCCUUACUCUGAACAUUUGGUCGAAGGCGACGCAGAAUUCACUGAAGGCAACGAAGCCCGUGCUGGUCUUCUUUUACGGCGGCAGGUUUACCAUUGGAAACACCGAUAGCCCUUUUUACACCGGCAAAUACUUCGCCGACGCCGAGGACAUCGUGGUCGUCACCGUCAACUACCGACUCAAUAUCUUUGGUUUCCCGGGUGCCCCAGGCUCGACUCAAAAUCUCGGGCUCCGCGACCAGCGAGCCGCUGUUGAAUGGGUACGCGACAACAUCAAGCAAUUCGGCGGCGAUCCAAACAGGAUUACCAUCUCUGGCCAGUCCGCCGGUGGUGUGGCGGUAGAUUACUGGACCUAUGCAUACGAGAAGGACCCCAUUGUCAACGGUGUCAUUGCGCACUCGGGCAACGUUUUCAGCUUUCCCGUCAAUGCCCCCGGUGUCCCUGAAAAGAACUGGGAUACUGUUGUGGCUGCUGUGAACUGUGCCUCUGCUUCCGAUGUCAUGGCCUGUAUGCGUGAGGCAGAUUGGCAAGCUAUCAAAGCCGCCGCAGCCGGCAUCAAGCCUACACCAAGCACCAGUGUCCUGCGUUCCAUUCCUGCGUUCUACCCAAUGCCAGAUGAGGAGAUUGUGUUUUCGGAUUAUGUCAACUUAACCAGCUCUGGUAGCUUUGCAAAGGUGCCCAUGCUGCUGGGAAACAACCAUGAUGAAGAUGGAUAUUAUCGUAUCCCUGCCUAUGCCGCCGGAAUCAUACCGACGGAUGCCCAAGUCGCGUCUUUUCUCCUCGAGUCUUUCACCUGCCCCGUUUCUCACCAGGCUAGUGCUCGCCGAGCUCAUGGCGUGCCAGCCUGGGCUUACCGAUACAUGGCUGAUUGGAACAAUACUCGUUUGUACCCUACCAGCGGCGCGUAUCAUGGAGUCGACCUACACAUGAUUUUUGGAGCGUCAGCAGAUGUCAGUGGCUUGCCUACAACUGCGGACCAGAGGAGUCUGACGAAGCUGAUGCAGCACGCCUGGUACUCCUUCAGCAAUAAUCCAUCGUCUGGGCUUAGAAGCAUUGGGUGGCCUCAGUUCAACCAGAAAACGGACUCAUUGAUAGUCCUUGGUCAGAACAAUGCUCCCAAAGCACAAUUUGUGCACCCGUCAAUUUUCAACUCUCCAUGCCCCAAUGUGACAUUAGCAGGUUCAGGAACAGUUGGAUCAGCAAUAGCAAAUUGAUUAUCACCGCCACAAUAAAUGUAUGGAAUGGGAGGCUCAAAAUGAAUGAUACAAGUUAUGCUAGAUACGUACGACCUAUAAAUUGAUCACGCCAGAUUUCCUGAUACUAAGAGAUUACUUAAUUCCACAAGUAUAUAAUCAGGACUGCCAAAACAAAAAAGCUACGUGUAAAAAUAGACUACAGUAUACAUAUUCAUCGC